CGUAACGCAAGGGGUAACGAAAAGCCUUUGGAGAAGAAAAGAAAUAGACGAAGUUCCCUCAGUAGCCAUUUUGUUUUCGACGGAGGACGGAAUUCAGGUGUCCCAAGGUGAUACCGAGAGCCUGUGGACCCGACCGGGGGUGGCCCACAUCCCGAAUAACGAUAAUGGAGUCAAAGCGUCACGAUCGAGGUCACCACUCGCGGUCAGACACACCGGAGCCUCCAUCGCCACCGAGCUAUACCUCAAGCCACCAGGAGACCCACAAGAGGUCCCACUCACGUCAUUCCCCAUCGCCGGAGCACAGAGCCGGCAGAUCAUCGCGGAACACAUCAUCCGAGAGAAGGCGAAGACGUAGAAGUAGCUCGAAGCAACGUUCACCACUGACAAUAUCCCGAAAACGUUCGCGAUCGAGUGAACGCUCAAGGAGGCACUCGAGACGCGAGAGAACCCCCUCAAGAUCGCGGGGCAAGAAUAGAUCGCGUGAUCGACGAAGAAGUAGAUCAAGAAGUGUCAGUAGAAGUUCAACCAACAGCAGAAGUCGAAGUAGAAGCAGAAGUCGAGGUAGAAGGGACAGGGACCGUCAUCGAGAGGGCAGAAGACAUCAUCGUUCACCAGACUCGGAUCAUCACAGUGAACAAGUUGUGGUUAUUCAGCCUGUUUUACCAGCACCACCUGUUGUUCCAUUACAAUCCAAUGCCUUUGCCAAUGAUGGCAGCUUCAUGGAGAUGUUCAAGAAGAUGCAGGAGCAGAUGCCAGCAGUUCAGAAGCCAACGACGUCGACUCUCGAGGAGAAACCAGUGGCACCACCACCACUGAUGGUGGGAAAAAGACGUGGGGGGAGAAUUCUGAAGACUGGAAUGGUUGCUAAACCCAAAACGGAGGAAAAGGGAGAACAGCCUAAGGAUGCUUGGUCGUUGUACAUGGCGGAGGUGAAGAAGUAUCGGGAAGUCUGCUGUCAGGAGGAGGACAAUACCAGGCCUCUUGUCAAAUAAUCAUCUUCACUCGUGAUGAUUUUUACGUUAUUAUUAUAGUCUUAAUGGACAGUCAGGCAGAAGUAUCAGAAGAAAGAGAGAGAACAGAAGAAAGAGGGAGAGUCAAAUAUUUCAAUGAUUGGUUUUAUUAUCUUUAUUCUACUUCCUCUUUAGUGUAAACGGGGAAGAGACUAUGAAGACAAUUAAGAGACACGAGUGUUUUGGUGUUUUAUUAUGAUAAGAGAAUAUUCAUUAUUACGAGAUAAUUGGUCAGAGCGAGAUACGAUGCGUACAGCUGUAAUAAUUCUUUCGUUGUUCAUUCGUGUAACUGAAAUGAUAGAGAAUAGAUUGUAUUGCUGGAUAGACUA